AUGAGAACUCAAACCUUCGUUCUUCACUGGAUCAAACUACUAAGAAACAACUGGAAGAUGCACAGCAGUGCAUUCGCCAGCUUCAGCCCUACUACCUCUGAAAUUCUUCCUGCUCCUACUACUCCAGCUGAUCCCACUCCUACUGUUAUCUCCCUCGCGAAGAAGCCCGCAACAUCGUUAAUCAGAGUGAAAUCUUGCCAACCACCUCGGAAGAAGUUCCAGUCUUUCAGCCUUGAGAUCAACGAUGCCGGCCUUGCCGCUGCUCACCAGUUUUUUGCCAUUUCAACCAGCCACGGCUAUCGAUUCGUCUAA